UCGACGGGCGGCCGGAAUCCCGCUCCUCGCAACACUGAUUCCGUACAAGCUGUUUACAACGACUUUUCCAAGUACGAUAUUUGAAUGCGCGCUAAACGGCGGCCAGGUGAGAAGCCCGCGGCCGCAACAUUUUCUCUUUCACACCCCGUGACGGUCGCGUCGCGUGCGAACUGCCCCAUUUUCCCGCCAAUCCCAGCUCCGAAAAAAGUGAGCGAAAAGUUUUUGGCGCGAAAGCCACGAGUCGGACUGUAGUGGUAGCCGAUACGAUGACUUUGGUUAUGAGUGAAGAUUGAGCUGACUGUUGUGUUUUGGCAUUGUUGGCUUGGAGUUUAUCAUAAUGGAUGACUGGGAGCGACACGUGACUCCCCUUCUGCAGGACAUGGGUUGCUCCAAUGAGGAGCCACAAGAUGACUUCUUUAAUCAACAAGAUUUGCUGGUCGGCAGUAGCGGGGCGGGCAAUGGCGGGGCAGCCACGUCGCCAGACGGUGGCUCAAGUUCUGCCCCACCAUUGUCCCCGGGAGGUUCUGGCGUCGUCGGCGGCGCCCUGUCGCCCGGCGCGGGCAGCCACGCCAGCACUCCAGCCGCCUCGUGCUGCGACACCCCUCGGCCCAUCAUCACCGACCCCGUCUCAGGCCAAACGGUCUGCUCCUGCCAAUACGACGGGGCGCGACUAGCCCUGUCCUCGUACCCUCGCCUCUCCAGCGCCGCUGUCGGUGUGUACGGAGCUCCCUACCCAUCUACAGACCAAAACCCGUACCCCAGCAUCGGCGUCGACAGUUCAGCCUUCUAUUCACCUUUGAGUAACCCUUACGCACUCAAGGAAGGUGGCGGCGAGAUGUCAGCCUGGACCUCCGCGGGCCUGCAACCCUCCGGGGGCUACUACCCGUACGAUCCUACAUUAGCUGCUUACGGAUAUGGUGCUGGGUACGAUUUAGCCGCCAGGAGGAAAAAUGCUACGCGGGAAUCCACAGCGACACUCAAAGCGUGGCUGAACGAACAUAAGAAAAAUCCAUAUCCAACGAAGGGCGAGAAAAUAAUGCUCGCAAUCAUUACAAAGAUGACUUUAACACAAGUGUCCACGUGGUUUGCGAACGCCCGCAGACGCCUCAAGAAAGAAAACAAGAUGACGUGGGAGCCCAAGAACAAAACCGACGACGACGACGACGCGAUGCUCUCCGACGAAGAAAAGGAACAAGACGAAAAAAUAAAGAAUAGUAAAGAUGAAGAGCGGAAGGGUGACGAUCUGCUACAGGGUAUGCACAAUCAGCUGCUCGGUUAUGGAAUAAAGGAGGAGUCGAAGCGCGGUACGUCGGAAUGCGGCGUGCCAAUCCCAGCGUCGAAGCCUAAGAUAUGGUCAUUAGCCGACACGGCCGCUUGCAAAACACCGCCACCCGCCGCCCAACCGUGGCCGCAGCACGGCUACGGCGCCGGCCCCGAAAGAGCCUCUGCCGCUGACGGGAGUUCCAAUGGCUUCGUAUUGCCAGCGACCGCCGCAGCGAGUCCCGCCAGUGGGUCUUACGGGCGCUACGGUGGCUUCCCUGGAGGACAGUAUAGCGGCCAGCAUCCUUGUAUACACCCGGCCGCCUUCCCCGACGUCCAAACCGAUACUCCGCCCCAAACGCCUCCAAACAUGAAGGUGCACAGUGUUGCCAACCCUCUCGGCAGCGGCGGGUCCGGCUACUGCUUUCCCAGACACCAACAGUCGCCGCAACGAGACCCGUACCACAACCCUCAUCACGGAAACAACCAUCAACCUAAUCAACACCAUAACGAGGGAUCAGCUGCCUUCAAACCGUUCUAUAAAAGAUAAAGCAUGUGGAAGCUGGGUCGCUGCUUCGCCCGUCAACCAUUAGGGGACAAUUUAACUUACAGUGGCACAGUGCUUACAUGAUUUGAUACAAACUGCAAACAACGUAGAGGCGACACUUUGCCGAAAGAAUACACCGCCUGCUUCACGGAGUACUGAAAUAAUAAAGCAAUUACUUAAGAUUAGUUUGUUUACUAUAGAUAAUUGUCACCGUUUUAGUAAAUACUUUUGACACAGAGCGCAGUGUGAUUAUUACACUAAUAAUUCAUAUUAUUUUACGUACAUACAUAAGUUAACUGAACGUGAAGCGGGCGCCUCGAACACGAAUUAAUAUGUAUUAAAUUAAUUUCAUACUUUUGUUUAUCUUGUAGUAUAAUAAUUUUUGAAAUAAUAAAUUAUGGCACGUUUUAUUAUAAUGUAAAAAGUACAUUGUUAACUUUAAUUUUCACUUGGCUUAGAGUGUCGACGGUUGUUAUUAGUAAAAAUGUACGAAAAUCAACAUUGCUCAGUAUUUUUUUAUAGAUUUAAGAAUAUUGCGGAUGUAUUGUUAUCCAAAUUAUUUAUAGAAAUCGAAAUUGGAAGGUCAUGUGAAACGUAAACUAGCCAUUGGAUUAGUGAAUUGUUGUAAAUUAUUAAUUAGUGAAAAACAAAGAAACGUUUGUGACUAAACUAAACUAUUUUCCUAUUAUUUCAUCAGUUCUUCCAUUUGAUUUUGAUCAUAAUAUAUUUUAAGGUGUAUAAUUUUAUGGGCCCAUCGACGAGAUGGGGUCCGCAGUAGGCGCAUUGUUUAUUUUGUUGAAAGGUCUCGCAGAUAAGUGAUUGGCAAUCGUCGAUUCGUUUAUUGUUGUUGUCUUUGUAUAUAAGUAAAGUUUUGUAGAUUUUCUAUUUUAGUUUCACAUCAAAUGUACAAAGUAAUUAGUGCUUUUUCCACUUUGAUGCAAAUUUUGAAGCAUCUGAACGAAUUUUAUAAAUAUUGUUUUAAAAGUAUUAUUAGAGUACAUGUAUAUACUGAAUAAUAUUUUAUUAAAAUCGAUCGCAAUCCUAAUAAUAUGUUCCGAUACGAAUAGCGCAUGCCUUCGGUGUUGUUUUCCGUCGAGUGUUAAAUAAUUAAAUAAAAUAUAAAAUCGAUUUUAUUUCGUAUAUUAUCGAUGAAUUCACGAUGGAUUAUUUCAUGUUAAAUGCAAUAGUAAAAUAAGUAUCUAUAUUUGUCACCACUACAUACUAUAUCGAGUCAGUUUAAUUCAGGUUAAAUGUGCAUUUAAACGUAAUCAGCCUAAAUUUUAAUAUUUAUAAAUUUAGUUAAGUACACACAUAAUAUCUCCUUAGUUAAUUACUUAGUGCAAUUUUCGUUUACUACAUUUUGAUUUUAUUGUAAACUACAUAUAAUUUCGCUUUUAAAUUAUUUAUGACCAAAAGUUGUCAUAUUAUAUAGAAUAUAUGAAAGUUCAGUUAAUUGUACAUAACUAAUAUUAUAUUUUAAAUGUACUUAAACCACAGUACCAGACUAUGUUCGAUUAUGUUUGGCGGUAGCGAAUGCAACGAGUCUAAAUAUAUGCGUAUAUUAUGGCCCUAGGGUAAAUAAAUGAAUUAUAAAGUUUCCAAAUUGCAAUGUGUCAAUUACAUAACAAUACAUCGAAAAAUAUAUUAUAUCGAUUACCUUUCCUUCUUCAAAUUGAAAUAAGUAAGAGUAUAAGAGUUGGUUAAACCGAUGUUUGUUUGAAAUGGGCCUCAUAUUGUUACGUUUGCUUGCACUGUGUAAACUACUUGGACACAACAUUUCGCUAUCGUCACAACUGCCUAGAGGGCGUUCAAAUAGGGUUGAUUGAUAGAUUUUUAAGAUA